AUGCAUUAUCCUGGACAUGGGUGUUUCCCAUUUAUUACAUUAGCAAAUUCUCCUAAUCUCGUCUUUGCUGGGUCAGAGGCUAUGUGGUGGGCGUGGAUAACAGUAUGGGCGUUAAUGGGCGUCCGAGCGACAUGGGCAGCGUGCACCAUGGCCGAGUUCCCUUGUAGAAAUAAGCAGUGCAUCAGCCUCGACCGCUACUGUGACGGCGAACAGGACUGCGACGAUGACAGUGACGAACCUCCGGGAUGCACGCCCUGCAACAGAACCUACUACGGCAGAAUCGGCUCGACCUAUACCUUGCACGUCCCUCGUCCUCACAAGGAGACUCUGCCACACUUCUGUCAGCUGACGUUCUUCGCCUCCGGGAAGCUGUACGGCGACCUCGUCCAGCUGAGCAUUGAGAAGUUCACACUGGGCAGAUUCAUCUCGCACACGAAGGAUGGCUGCCCCGACGGCCACAUGCAGAUCGAGGAGCUGAGUCGUCCCCUCAACGCCGGCUUCUGGUGCGGGACGUCGUGGGGCCACAACGUCUACUACUCCGAAACCACAGCCAUCACGGUGAUGCUGCGGGUGUUCAACAUCAGCGAGAAGAACGAGGAAGAACGGGGCAGCUUCCAGCCGCAGGACAACAUCAUGCUGCGCCUCUCCUAUCGGUUCUUACAGAAGGAGAAAGCGGUUUUGCGCUACGGCCCGCCUUACAAACGCAGUUACCGUGGCGAAGAUGUUACGCACUCUUUUUGUGAUAAGUCCUUCGUAAACUGCGAUAAAAAGAACUGCAAGAUACAGUCCCCCAACUUCCCGGGGAUAUACCCACGUAACCUCACAUGUUACUAUCACGUUCGGCAGACCCACAUACCGGACGGAAAGAUCGCCCUCGUGAGGGUCCUCCAGCGAAAUCCUCAUCUCAUUUACAUUAAGGACCGGAAUGCGCCGCACCUGUCCCGGGAGAGGCAGUUGGAGGUGGGGAAAUCCUGCCACACUCUUCACGAUUACCUGGUGGUGUUCGAUGGAAACAAGACAACAGCGCCUGUCCUCUCUACUUUCUGCAAAGGGGGCGCGGCGCUGACCGGGUUGACUUCCAGUGGGCCAGACAUGCUCUUGCUUUUUCACGCCUCGCCCUACGAUUUUCCUUUCCAAGACUCUCCCCGUAGGCGCACUUAUGGCUUCGAAUUAGACGUUGAAGUAAAGUUUGUUGAUCGGGAAUCGACAGCAUACGUGCCUCGAGGCUCCAAGUGCGAGUAUGUGAUAAGCAGUCAAGGUCAACGGAGUGGGUAUGUGCAGACUGUAGAACAUUCGCUUUUAGCAAACACUACCUGUAUAUGGCAGCUCAAAGCGGGUAGUUCUGAAAUCGUGUGGCUAUACUUCCUGCACUACCGUCAUGUUCUGCACCCGGAGAUGCCUCGCCCAGCCAAAUGCCCGAACACAUUUCAAAUCCAUGAUGGACUUACCACCGGAACAGGCGAGGAAAAUUCAACAACGUUACUUGGCAAGUUCUGUAAAUUAGACAAAAUUCCGCGUGUGUGCAGUGGCGUCCACGCCCCCAGCCCGCACUCGGCUUCCUGUUCACCUCAGGAUAGUUAUGUGUCGACCCAGCCAGCAAUGACGCUGCUUCUAAGAUACGCUGCCGGUACUGCUCCUUCGCAUGUCGAAUUUCUGGCAAGAUACGAGUUUGUAGAUACAAGGCAGUGGGGGGAACCUACGCCUUGGGGAGGCCUGUGUGACCGCACCUUUAGAGUACGACCUGACCGUCUCUUUGCCUCUCCCAGAGAUGUGUUUAUGUUUGGUCGAGGUGGAGCUAAAAGACUCUUGUGCGAGUACACUUUCCAUGUCCCAUCACACCAACGUAUUUCGCUGCGCAUCUUAAGGUCAAAAAUGGGCUCGAACUGCACCACUGUGUAUCGACAUGCUUCUCGACGUCAUGAAUGUUCUCAUGGAGGUCAACCGGGCGAGCCAGCCAUAAGAAUUACAGAGGAACCUUGGUCCUUCGUGCCUGUAGAAAGGGCGUGCCUUUGCAACGUAUCUAACGGUCAGUCAUAUAACAUAAUUUCUUAUACGAACCGCGUUCGGCUAACAUUCAGUAUCUCAAACAUGACUCCAAAUGAGGAUUACAACGAUUAUUUUUUUGAAGGGGAAUAUAACGUGCUCGAUGCACCCCUGGAGGUCAUUGAGGGCUGCAAUGAGACUGUUCGCCACCUGAACGGUCGUUAUGGGAAUUUUACAGUUGGCGCUGGGCGAGGAGACCUCUGUGCGGGGCUUCCACGUCUGAUUAGCGCUACCGAUUCGUCUUUUCUUUUCCUGAGAGUGCGAGGCUUUACUGCCACAGACACUAACUGUGAAGUGGCUUCGAGGAUCAACGUAUUUGCAGCAGGAGGGGUCACACCUCUUGCCUCUAUCUGCCCCGAGCGUCGCGAUGUUUUUACGCACAUCUUUAGCAGUGGGUGGGAAGACUACGAAUUCCGAUUCCAGUACGAGGACGAAGACGAAUACACGUGGCAGAAUGAGAGCAUUUCAACGAGCAGCUUACCGCCAACCACUACGGAAGAGUACGAUUUCAUAGAGCCAAUAAAACGUCCAGAAUCUCGAGACUUAUUUGUGGAAUAUAUUGGAAAUUAUUCCGGCCGCUUCCUAAUAUCCUGGGUUGGAAUCUGGAGGCCUUUGAGAAAACCUAGCGUCCCAACAGCCAAGGAAGACCCUUGCCCCCAUCGCUGUCCAGACAUUAGUGCUUGUCUACCAAAGGAAUUAUGGUGUGACGGAACGCCGCACUGUCCCUCCGGACUGGACGAGGGGGCUGCAGCAUGCGGUCUCUUAGCUGCACUCCCUUGGGUCUACUUGGCAGCAGCUAGUGUCUUGUUGCUAUCUCUAGUAUCACUCUUUAUUGCAGUGAUUGUUCAUCGCAUACAGACGCACAUGCAGAAGUCAGUGGUGGCUGCAGCGACGGCAGCUGUCAACAAUGGACACGGCCUGAAGAGCAACACCCAGGACCUCCUCAUACCCCCGGAGAAAGACAGCUGGUGACAACGCGCCCAUUCUGACGAUAUCGUCUGUAUUGACUACGAGACCACUGUAUAAACUGCCGUGCUGCCUCGUUUGUUUAGCAAGUGCUCGAAUCAUUACUGUUAUACUCGAAGUGCAUUAGAAAAUACGCUCAUUACAAUUUGAAGGAAAAAAAUCCUCGUCUGCAAAAUGCCAAAUGCAUAAAGCUACAUUUCCCAAAUUAAUACGCUACUGAUACAGAAUUUAGAAAGAAAUGUUACAGGUCAAAAAAUACCUUACACAUGUGUCUGCAUAACUUUAAAUUCAGUAUGAAAAAUAAGGACUGAAGCUAUGAAAUUAAGCAACAUGCCAUGUUUGUCAGGUCAAUGCCUGUAAUCAGCUCUCUAAGUUUUGCAGAUUUGGCAAACUGAACUAAAAAACACAGAAAUAUGAGAAAAGUUACAUAAAUACAGAGUAGAUGUGUGAAUGUUUGUUCGUAUAUGUGUUUCUGUUCAUGUUGACUACUAUAAACUAGGACAUUCUGUCGCAUUUCAACAUGUAUAUUCCAAACUAUAUAUGCCAAAAGAGUAAACAGCAGACGAAACUGGAUGUACACGAGUAUACACAGUAAACGAUAAGCACAGGCAAACAGACAGUCAGGCAGCAACUUGAAAGCAGUACUGCCAAGGUCUUGCGUCAUACAGAUCAAAUCGUCAGAAUGGGAUUCUUUUAGGGAAAAAAUCUUACUGUACAGUAUGUAAAACUUCAUAUGGAUGUACAGUGCGCUUGUACAUAUGUACAUAAUCAAGGAAGGGAAUUUUAGAGAUGUACAUAAAAGUAUCUUGCCCAGUUGUUAAUGCUAGUUACGCUAAGAAUGUAAAUGAGAGCACAGGUGCGUCUCAGUCAGUGCUACCUGUGGUAUAGAUGUAAUACAGUAAAAGUAUAAUAAAUCUAAACUCUGUUCGAAAUUGUAUAGAUAAUGUGCUAAUUCGCCCGUAGAAGUUUUCGGAAAGUCUAUUGUAAAUUUUUUCUUUGGUUUCCAGGUUGCUAUAUUAUGAGGAAGUUUAUCCGUUAAUAGUUGUUCAUAAAGUAUAUAUAAAUAUAAACCAGAUUUGAGAUUCUGUGUGUUGUUGAGUAAAGACGAGUCUUUGUAUAUUUUAUAUUUGCUAA